AGACAUUUGUUUCUGUCAAGGUUAUUAUUUCAGUAAGCCAGUUAAUUGCUGAUGUUGUUGGAAUUGGAGGAACUAGAUUUCAGCAGUCCCUGUCCAUCAUCAAUAAUUGUGCCAAUCACGACAAAAUUAUUAAGCACACUACGUUCCCUUCUGAUGUAAAGGAUUUAACAAAACGUAUUCGUACAGUACUGAUGGCUACAGCUCAGAUGAAGGAGCAUGAGAACGAUCCCGAAAUGCUUGUAGACCUCCAGUACAGUUUGGCAAAGUCUUACGCGAGUACGCCUGAGCUAAGGAAGACGUGGUUGGACAGCAUGGCAAGGAUCCAUGUUAAAAAUGGGGAUCUUUCAGAGGCAGCAAUGUGCUAUGUUCAUGUAGCAGCACUGGUUGCAGAAUAUCUCACACGGAAAGGGAUGUUUAGGCAAGGCUGUAUUGCCUUCAGAGUAAUCACACCUAAUAUAGAUGAAGAAGCUUCAAUGAUGGAGGAUGUCGGGAUGCAAGAUGUUCACUUCAACGAAGUAAGUAAACAUCAGCAUGUAAGAACUGAUGCACAUUAAAGCGCCAUUUGUUUUUCCAGGGUUUGUGUUUCUGAGACUGACUACUAUCACCUUCUUUGCCACCGUUCUUAUCCUAAUAGAAAACAAACAAAUAAAUAGGAUUAUUCUCUGAGCUGUCCAGGUUCUAGGGAAUUUACUACAUGCAUCUGUUUUACAUAAAGCAUCAGCGUAAAGACUGCUGUGAUCAUGCUGUGUAUUUGCUAGCAUAGUUGAGGGAGUGAGGGACAGACAACUAGUUGCAGAAACUGAGUU